ACAAAUGCACGCGUGACAGACAAAGAAUGUCCUCCCAGUUCUUUCAUUCAGACUGGUAUAUAAGCCAGGUGCUAGCAUUGACUAAAACACUCUCAAUCGAGAAGCAAACAACCAUCCAACUCUUCUACAGCAGCGAAAAUGUUCAGCUACAAGUUACUCUUGGUCUGCCUUAUGGUGGUUCACUGCGUUCUUAGCAUGCCCUUUCCUGGAGAUGAAAUAGUUGCAGUUGAAAGUAGUGCAGAUGAUCAGGGCGUCGACGACUUGGCGACUGCGGAACAUCGUAGACAUGGAUAUGGAGGUUAUGGCGGAUAUGGCGGAUAUGGCGGAUAUGGUGGCUACGGAAACUACGGAGGCUACGGAGGCUACGGUGGGGGAUAUGGGGGAUACGGGGGAUACCGAGGUGGCUAUGGUGGACACGGACACGGACAUCAUCACCAUCAUCACGGUUACGGCCGCAAGUAGGCUGACGUCUCCUUCAACCUUGUUGGUUUCUCCGAAUUGAGUAUUCGUCACGAAUAUUCGUUACCCUGUUAUCCUGUUAUGGUUACUUGUUUUGCAUUUGUUAUCUAUUCUUAAGGAAUAAAAUUUGAAACCAAUCAGAAACCACCAGCAAUAAACUUUCUGAUAUUGGCAAGCA